AUGUUGAAUCGAAGGCUGAUUCUUGGAGGAAUUGAGAUCGAGUUUGAAAUACAAAAAUCUACUAAUGAAGGCUUGAUAACAAGUAAAGAAGAUUUGAUAUCCUUGGUUGUUGAUUUUGAAGCCUUUGUUUAUAGACCUUUCACAGUUCAAGAAGAUAAUGAUGAAGAUGUUCUUGUUACAAAAUGGCAACUCGAAGCCAUCAAUGAGAAUUUGGAAACCUUGCUUCUGUCUACCAAAGCAUCCUUUAGCAAUGACUAUUAUGGGGAAGCGAUUAAAGCUUUCCUUGAAACCUUAACGAAAGAGCACAUUGCAAACCUGGACAAAACAAACAAGGCAGUUGAUGACUCUGCAUCUGUUUGCAAGGAAACAACAGAAAAAGUGGAUAAACUAAUUUUCGAUGUUCGAUCUUUUAUGAGUACUUUAUAG